AUGGAGGGCCUCCUGGCAAGUGGUGGCCCAAGGGCAAACCCGUCACCAACUGACUCCGACGGUCCAACGGUGGAAGUGUCCACCGACGCCGUCUCUACAACGGCCAGGGCUCAGGCUGCACCAUAUGCUGAGGAAGUGCCUGGCGAAAAUGGCAAAGCUGAAACCCAACAAGGCGCGUCGGAAGAUCUCCAGCUCACACUCAUAUCCUCCGAGGUGGCGCAUCCAUUCAAGCCAAGCCAGUCGUUGCCCGACAUGCAAGGCUCUGACACGCAAAGCACCAUCACAUGUGUCCCGGACGCGGAGUUUUCGCCGUCGGUGCAAUGGAUCAUGGACAAGGCAGAUGAGAAACAGGCGUUCCAGGGCGGGUUCGCGGUCGAUGUUCUAUCCAACCCCGCGACCCCGGGGAAGUGGAUGAACUUCUUGUCCGUCAGGAUGAAGCCCCCGGUGCAUGCGCCACUCCCACCGCAGGACGAGGCGAUGCGACUGCUGGAGGUCUUCUUCUCUGCCCACAACCGAUUCUUCCCUCUCUACGACUAUCCAUCCUUUAUGCUUCUGGCACAGCAGGAGUUUGCCGGUCAGCCAGACAAGCGAGUGGGCUGGUGGGCCAGCCUAAAUGCGGCGCUCGCGGUGGGAAUCCGCCUGCAGAACCCGGCAGACACGAGCCGAGAAUCAAGCGCACAGGCCUGGGGCUACAUGCACAAUGCACUCAGUGUGUUGCCGGAGCUGACGAUGAGGAGCGACGAUCUCCUGAGCGCGCAGGCCCUGUUGUGCAUGGCAGUCUUUACCCGAGGCAACGGCGAGCCUCCGUCCAGUGCCAUGUUGGUCUCGUCUGCCUUACGACUGCUGCAAAUCAUGGGUCUUCGACAGGGGAAACCCAGCACGGAACGCGACCCAGUCAUCGCGCGGCAAAGCAACCGGACCUUCUGGUUUGCCUACAUGUUGGACACUGAGAACACCAUGGUUUCGAACCUGCCCUUGCUCCAAGAUCCCAGCACCCUGAAUAUUGAACUCCCCGCGGAAGAAUCGCCCGACGGACUGGGCACGAUCCCGCUGGAAGAUGGCACCGGGCAGUUCAACCUAUUUCGAGCCAUGUCUGAGCUUUCAGUCAUCGCAGCGAAGGCGUUCCAGGCCCUGUACGCGCCCAACGUGCGCCAGCGGCCCGAGACCGAGAUAGUGAAGACGAUGCUGGAUUUGGAACAGCAGCUGGAGGAAUGGAAAGCCGCCAUUGACAUCGACUUCCAACCCGAGUACGAGAUCAACACGGCGGAUCCGUACCUUCGUCACUACAUCCUCGUCCUGCACUUCCAGUACUAUACGUGCUUGAGCAAUAUCCAUUUCGCCGCUCUGACUCUGAGGCGGUCGACCGGCGACACUUCCUGCCAGAAUCAGAUCAUUUCAUCUCGCGCCAUAUACUCGUCGUGCGCGCGAGCCAUGGUUCGCAUGACUCGAAACGUUGCGGUGGACAUUCCGGCAUUUGUCUGGCGUAUACUGUGCUACCCCAUUCUGGCGUCGAUGGCCUUGUUCGUCGGCAUUCGAGAAGACCCCACGGCACCUCGGGCUCUGACUGAUGCCGCGCUCCUGGGCUCAUGGACGAGUCUCUUGUCCAAGAUGAAAGAUCAUGACAGUGGCAGUGUCGGCCAGAUUCGGCGACUCCUGUUGGAGCUGGAGCGAUUGAGCCGCGAGGUGGUCAACCAGGCCCAGAGCACUUCCAAGGGAAACAAAUGCACAGGUACGUACAUGUUUUGUUUGUCACAAGUUCAGGAGGCCUAUUCUAUUUCGACCUUGGACUGA